AUGACAUCAUCGGCCCUGGACGGCUCUCACCCUGUCUCGUUGAUGGCAGGGGGUCGUCGUGGUGAUGGAUUCCGCAGCCAAGAGAAUGUGGAAGCAGAGUGGAACAGACAGAGUAGAAUGGAACAGUCAUGAAGUUCUGAAUUCUCCCUGGAAACAGUGGAACCUGUAACUGAUUCCAGACCUGUCUGAGCGGCCAUCUGACCUCAGAGAGAGAGAGACUGCCGUGAUAGUUAUAUGCCCUCCAGGAGGGCCCAAAUACCAUUUGAAUGCGUUCCAUAAACCACAGAGAUAUACACAGGGAGGGGCGUAAUGAUGUGAAGGAAAUUGCAGCUAUACAUUUCAUGGACUAACUUUCUUAGGGUUCUUGUGUAUUUCUGCUCUGUUAGCAGUUUGGGAUGUGAUUUGCUUUGUAAUGUCAUUUUCUAUCUGUUUCCCUUGAUUUAUUGAUGUGAUGUUUACAUGUGUCAUCAACAAUAUGUUACCAUUUACUAUAAUGUAGUGUCAUCAACAAUAUGUUACCAUUUACUAUACUUUAGUGUUACCAACAAUAUGUUACCAUUUACUAUACUUUAGUGUUACCAACAAUAUGUUACCAUUUACUAUACUUUAGUGUUACCAACAAUAUGUUACCAUUUACUAUACUGUAGUGUUACCAACAUUAUGUUACCAUUUACUAUACUGUAGUGUUACCAACAUUAUGUUACCAUUUACUAUACUGUACUGUUACCAACAAUAUGUUACCAUUUACUAUACUGUAGUGUUACCAACAUUAUGUUACCAUUUACUAUACUGUAGUGUUACCAACAUUAUGUUACCAUUUACUAUACUGUACUGUUACCAACAAUAUGUUACCAUUUACUUGGUUUUAGUGUCAUCAACAAUAUGUUACCAUUUACUUGGUUGUAGUGUCAUCAACAAUAUGUUACCAUUUACUUGGUUGUAGUGUUACCAACAAUAUGUUACUAUUUACUUGGUUGUAGUGUUACCAACAAUAUGUUACCAUUUACUUGGUUGUAGUGUUACCAACAAUAUGUUACCAUUUACUAUACUGUAGUGUUACCAACAAUAUGUUACCAUUUACUUGGUUGUAGUGUUACCAACAAUAUGUUAUCAUUUACUAUACUGUAGUGUUACCAACAAUAUGUUACCAUUUACUUGGUUGUAGUGUCAUCAACAAUAUGUUACCAUUUACUUGGUUGUAGUGUUACCAACAAUGAGAAGACUUCCAAUAAUCAAUGUGUGUGGUACCAAUGUGUGUGGUAUCAAUGUGUGUAAUGCUCAGCGCUUCAUGCAGUGGCAAUAAACAGAACCUUUUUGUAACCCUUCUAUAGUGAAUGCAUCCUGGAAGCACGGCAGUACAUUAUUGCUUAUUUAACCCUCCCGUUGUCCUAGGGUCAAAAUGACCCGCCACGGUGUUGAACCAACUUUAUUUAAUUUUUAUAUUUUUGGGAUCAUUUGUGAGAAGGAGGCAGAAAGUAUCACUGCCUCCUUCUCACAAAUGAUCCAAAAAAUAUAAAAAUUAAAUAAAGUUGGUUUAACACAGUGGCGGGUCAUUUUGACCCUAGGACAACGGGAGGGUUAACUCAAAUGAGCGUUCUAUCCAAGGCAUCUUUCUCUCUUGCCUGAGGUCCAUAUGAAAAGCAUUAGAGACAACAUUGUGGCCCAACAAGACUGACUCUACAGUUGAGGAAUACACAUACAGACAUAAUCAGUCCUGAAUGCCAACAUUAAGACAAAACAUCAUAAACACAUACAGAAACUAUUCGCUAAAUCAAGUCUUCCACAUUCAUGGCACAACAUACAGCACAUGCAUUAACAAAAGAUCCCCCACAAAAAACAACCCACUGUCCGGAAUUGUGGGCACUCCAAAAAACAAUACUUCCUUUGAACAACAUGAGAUAAGCGAGGGACAUUUCCGGCGAUGCUAUACUGGCUAGCACAGGAGGUUGGUGAAGGGAGGACGGCUCAUAAUAAUGACUGGAAUGGAAUCAAUGGAAUGGUAGCAAACGUGUGUUUGAUAUGUCCGAUACCAUUCCAUUAAUUCCGAUCCAGCCAUCACUAUGAGCCCGUCCUCCCCAAUUAAGGUGCCACCAGCCGCCUGUGUUGGCUAGAGUUUCCUCUAUCAGCACUGCAGACCUCUGGGAGGAAGAGUAAGGUAACAUCUGUUAUUUCACUGGCCUACACAUAUGUCUGUCUAUUCCUCCCUACCUUACACAGACAGAUAACAGGCCUCUUGUAGCUCAGUUGGUAGAGCAUGGCGCUUGCAACGGCAGGGUUGUGGGUUCGAUUCCCACGGGGGGCCAGUAUGAAAAAUGUAUGCACUCACUGUAAGUCGCUCUGGAUAAGAGCGUCUGCUAAAUGACUAAAAUGUAAAUAACAGCAAAGACAUGUUAUAAAAUGUGUCUCCCAUCAUUUAAAAAAAAUAGACAUUCCCAGAGUCGAAUAGUAGUCGAUCAAAGUAAUUUGGUGUAUGUUCCAAAUAGCUCCCGAUAUAGUGCACUACCUUUGACAAGAGCCAUACACUCUUAAAAAAUUGAUUCCAAAAUAGUUAUUCGGUUGUCCCCGUAGGAGCACCCUUUUUGGUUCCAGGUAGAACCCUUUUUGGUUCCAUGUAGAACCCUCCAUGGAAAGGGUUCGACAUGGAACCCAAAAAGGUUCUACCUGGAACCAAAAGAGUUCUACCUUGAACCAAAAAAGGUUCUUCAAAGGGUUAUCCUGUGGGGACAGCAGAAGAACCCUUUAAGGUUCUAGAGUGUCUGCUAAAUGACUAUAAAUAAAAAAUACAAAUAAAUAAAAUAGAUAGCACCUUUUUUUCUAAGAGUGUAUGAGUCCUGGUCAAAGGUAUUGCACUAUAUAGGGAAUAAGGUGCCAUUUGGGACUUGAUCGUUUCAUAAAUGUAUAUUUAUCUCCUCAGGCCAGCAGGGUUUGUCUGAUGUAGUGGCGGAAGGUUGUCAAGGUUGUGCUGAACUCAUUUUCAAGGGAGAAAUGUGUCCACCCAAGCAUGCUUCCAUGGUUACAUCACUCCUCUGGACCUCCUCUUGAGAUUAGAGAGAAAUGUAAUUCUUAAUCAAAGGCUUCAAACCUGCCUCAAACCAGUAGUUACAGUAUACGAUUGUAGUGGCAUACAGAGUCGGCUAUCAUUGUAUUAAUUGUCGGUUUUAUAGACAUAUAACAGAUGGUUAAUAACAGAGGCAGUUUGUCUGAGUUGAUUGCGUCCCCAUGUCAGUCCUGCAUCUUUUCCAACAUUACAGAAACAAUGUCUUUCCAAUCCGCUGCAUGUGGAAGAAAGCCAAGUGAAAAAGCCUGAGAAACUGUGAGGAAAGCUAACACAAAAAACAUGUUUCGGUAAAAUACAGUCUAGUAUCCAUAUACUAAAUCAAAAGCUUCAUAUUUCAAACAAUGGACUGUUUAAGCGUUCUGGUUGGGACAUAUUUUUCUUAGGAAAGCUAUGGAACCUGUGAGAUGUGACAUAUUGCUAAUUUAAAUGCAUAUCUCUUAUAGGUUGGGAUUUUAAAUGAUCAAAUCAAUGUAAAUUCCACUCAAGCAGAAAAACACCAGAGUAUUGUAAAACUGCACUCAAGAUAAACUGUUAGGUUCUCAUCUUCACCUUCUUAAAUCAAUGUCAAGACACCUGCCCUAAAAAGAAAAGUUCACAAAACCUGAUCCUUUGAGAAGAGAGUCUUUCCCCCUUACUAGCUCUGAGUCUGCUGAUAGCUACUUUACGUAGGAAACAAUGUACCUUACUUUGACUGUGAUAUGUGGUUGUCCCACCUAGCUAUCUUAAGAUGACUGCACUAACUAAGUCGCUCUGGAUAAGAGCGUCUGCCUAAAUGACUAAAAUGUAAAAUGUACAGUACCAGUCAAAAGUUUGGACACACCUACUCAUUCAAGGGUUUUUCUUUAUUUUUACUAUUUUUUACAUUGUAGAAUAAUAGUGAAGACAUCAAAACUAUGAAACAACACAUAUGGAAUCAUGUAGUAACCAAAAAAGUGUUAAACAAAUAAAAACAUAUUUUUUAUUUCAGAUUCUUCAAAUAGCCACCAUUUGCCUUGAUGACAGCUUUGCACACUCUUGGCAUUCUCUCAACAAGCUUCACCUGGAAUGCUUUUCCAAAAGUCUUGAAGAAGUUCCCACAUAUGCUGAGCACUUGUUGACUGCUUUUCCUUCACUCUGCGGUCAGACUCAUCCCAAACCAUCUCAAUUUGGUUGAGGUCGGAGGAUUGUGGAGGCCAGGUCAUCUGAUGCAGCACUCCAUCACUCUCCUUCUUGGUAAAAUAGCCCUUACACAGCCUGAAGGUGUGUUGGGUCAUUGUCCUGUUGAAAAACAAUUGAUAUAGCCCCACUAAACCCAAACCAGAUGGAUGCUGUAUCACUGCAGAUUGCUGUGGUAGCCAUGCUGGUUAAGUGUGCAUUGAAUUCUAAAUAAAUCACAGACAGUGUCACCAGCAAAGCACCCCCACACCAUAACACCUCCUCCUCCAUGCUUUACGGUGGGAAAUACACAUACAGAGAUCAUCUGUUCACCCACACCGUGUCUCACAAAGACACGGUGGUUGGAACCAAAAAUCUUUCAAAGUUCUUCAAAUGUUCCGUAUUGACUGACCUUCAUGUCUUAAAGUAAUGAUGGACUGUUGUUUCUCUUUGCUUAUUUGAGCUGUUCUUGACAUAAUAUGGACUUGGUCUUUUACCAAAUGGGGCUAUCUUCUGUAUACCCCAAGCUCCAAGCUUCUGUAUACCCCAAGCUUCAUAGACCCCAGCUCCAUGUGCUGAAGCCUGCUCGGGCUCUAGGUAGAGAAUGACUUCCUCAGAACGUACAGUACAAUAUGGUAAGCAGAGAGUCAACGAUGCUGGGUAGUCAAGCUGGGCCCCCACUCUCCAUAGCCUGGAAGCCACAAUGAAUAGUGAAACAAAGCAAUACGUAGUGUGGAUUCCAGGAUACCCAGGCUACCCAUGGCGAUGUGCUCUAUUCCACCAAGAGCUUCAGUAUCGUUAUCUGGAGAGGCGAGAGGGGGGGGGGGGGGGGGGGGGGGAGAGGGAGACGAGACGAGGGGGAGAGAGGGGGAGAGAGGGAGGGGAUGGGAAUCUACUCAGUGCGCUGGAUUGGGCGGGUAUCUUUAUGAUCUGUUAGAGUGUUUUCUCUCUUUUCGGGCGGGCUCGCGUUGUUUUUUUCUGGCUCGUUCGCUUUUUUCGGUGCGUUCUUUUGUCUUGGUCCGCGCUUUCCUCUCGCUUCUCUCUCGCCUCUAUUCUCUCUCUCCUCCUCUCUUCUCUCUCUCCUCUCCCUCGCUCACUCUCGCUCCUCCGGCUCUCUCUCUUCUUUCCCCUUUUUCAGGAGACGCACUGAGAGGAACGUUAUUUCCUUUUCCUACAAGGUCUUCAUCCUCAGGACACAGAGGACAUUAAUUAAGGUGAGCAUAGCAGUUUAACGUAGAUGGCUGUUGAGGAUGAAGUCGAUCACCACCCUGCGUGGCACAUACGGGUCAUAAAACACAGAGCUAAGUACAGCAUUCUGCUGUUUCUGAAUGGGAGAUGGGAAUCUAGCUUACUUUCACCACUGCCUGGCUGCAGAGUAUGGGAGUUUGUGUUUUGCUGCCUUGAGAUUCAUUCUGCGCAUAAACAUUAGGCAGCUUCCAGUGUUUCUCUCAGUGUGUAGUAGUAUAGUAUAGUGGUAGUACUGUAUCUAGCUGCUGUUCACAGUAGGAGGAUCAACAGUCCAGUAACAGCUCCUUGUUAGUCCCACAUUGGAACUAGACACAUCAAAAGGGCUUACAGAACACUCCACAACACAUUUUAAUGAUGGCCGGUGUGUGUGUGUGUGUACAGUGGGGAAAAAAAGUAUUUAGUCAGCCACCAAUUGUGCAAGUUCUCCCACUUAAAAAGAUGAGAGAGGCCUGUAAAUUUCAUCAUAGGUACACGUCAACUAUGACAGACAAAAUGAGAAAAAAAAAUCAAAAAAAUCACAUUGUAGGAUUUUUUAUGAAUUUAUUUGCAAAUUAUGGUGGAAAAUAAGUAUUUGGUCAAUAACAAAAGUUUCUCAAUACUUUCUUAUAUACCCUUUGUUGGCAAUGACACAGGUCAAACGUUUUCUGUAAGUCUUCACAAGGUUUUCACACACUGUUGCUGGUAUUUUGGCCCAUUCCUCCAUGCAGAUCUCCUCUAGAGCAGUGAUGUUUUGGGGCUGUCGCUGGGCAACACGGACUUUCAACUCCCUCCAAAGAUUUUCUAUGGGGUUGAGAUCUGGAGACUGGCUAGGCCACUCCAGGAUGUUGAAAUGCUUCUUACGAAGCCACUCCUUCGUUGCCCGGGCGGUGUGUUUGGGAUCAUUGUCAUGCUGAAAGACCCAGCCACGUUUCAUCUUCAAUGCCCUUGCUGAUGGAAGGAGGUUUUCACUCAGAAUCUCACGAUACAUGGCCCCAUUCAUUCUUUCCUGGUCCCUUUGCAGAAAAAUAGCCCCAAAGCAUGAUGUUUCCACCCCCAUGCUUCACAGUGGUUAUGGUGUUCUUUGGAUGCAACUCAGCAUUCUUUGUCCUCCAAACACGACGAGUUGAGUUUUUACCAAAAAGUUAUAUUUUGGUUUCAUCUGACCAUAUGACAUUCUCCCAAUCCUCUUCUGGAUCAUCCAAAUGCACUCUAGCAAACUUCAGACGGGCCUGGACAUGUACUAGCUUAAGCAGGGGGACACGUCUGGCACUGCAGGAUUUGAGUCCCUGGCGGCGUAGUGUGUUACUGAUGGUAGGCUUUGUUACUUUGGUCCCAGCUCUCUGCAGGUCAUUCACUAGGUCCCCCCGUGUGGUUCUGGGAUUUUUGCUCACCGUUCUUGUGAUCAUUUUGACCCCACGGCGUGAGAUCUUGCGUGGAGCCCCAGAUCGAGGGAGAUUAUCAGUGGUCUUGUAUGUCUUCCAUUUCCUAAUAAUUGCUCCCACAGUUGAUUUCUUCAAACCAAGCUGCUUACCUAUUGCAGAUUCAGUCUUCCCAGCCUGGACCAUGUCUACAAUUUUGUUUUUGGUGUCCUUUGACAGCUCUUUGGUCUUGGCCAUAGUGGAGUUUGGAGUGUGACUGUUUUAGGUUGUGGACAGGUGUCUUUUAUACUGAUAACAAGUUCAAACAGGUGUCAUUAAUACAGGUAACGAGUGGAGGACAGAGGAGCCUCUUAAAGAAGAAGUUACAGGUCUGUGAGAGCCAGAAAUCUUGCUUGUUUGUAGGUGACCAAAUACUUAUUUUCCACCAUAAUUUGCAAAUAAAUUCAUAAAAAAUCUUACAAUGUGAUUUUCAGGAUUUUUUUCCCUCAAUUUGUCUGUCAUAGUUGACAUGUACCUAUGAUGAAAAUUACAGGCCUCUCUCAUCCUUUUAAGUGGAAGAACUUGCACAAUUGGUGGCUGACUAAAUACUUUUUUUCCCCACUGUAUGUGUGUGUCAUAUGUUCAUUAGCAGCUGACUCAUGUUAUCCAUAAAACUAUGCCUGAAGGAGACUGCCAGCCUGCUCUGUUUCUGUUUCAGGAGGUACACAGUACCUGUGGGCUUAUACUCUCAUAAAUUCCAACAGUUUGCAGCAGGCAGGUCUGAGUAAUCAUUAACAUUCAGUAGUAAUUACUUUAUCGGUUGUUUGUGAGCUUAUUCCUCCUCCUCCUCCUCCUCCUCCUCCUCCUCCUCCUCCUCCUCCUCCAACAGUCUGACACUCUAUGACUACAGGACAGGCUAGGAGCUGGGCUGGAGGUGGGCCUGUUACUCAACACUGGAGACGCAGGUUUCUCUCCUCCUCACCUGCCUGCCUGUUUGCACAGAACAGAGCAGAAGAACUGUGUGCAGUGUGUAAUUUAAUACCCAACGCAGCACACAGAGAGGCCCCUCACAGCCUGAGAGGCAGGCAGGCAGUGUGUGUGUCAUAUGUUCAUUAGCAGCCGACUCAUGUUAUCCAUAAAACUAUGCCUGAAGGAGCCUGCCAGCCUGCUCUGUUUCUGUUUCAGGAGGUACACAGUACCUUCGGAAAAUAUUCAGAUUUUUGUUUUGUUUUAUCCUCAGCAAUCUACACAUAAUACCCCAUAAUGACAAAGCAAAACCAGGUCUUCAGAAUUGUAGCAAAUCUAUUAAAAAUAUGAAACAUAAAUACCUUAUUUUCAUAAGUAUUCAGAGCCUUUGCUGUGAGACUCAAAAUUCAGCUCAGGUGCAUCCUGUUUCCAUUGAUCAUCCUUGAGAUGUUUCUACAAUUUGAUUGGACUCCACCUGUGGUAAAUUCAAUUGAUUGGACAUGAUUUGGAAUGGCACACACCUGUCUAUAUAAGAUCCCACAGUUGACAGUGCAUGUCAGAGCAAAAACCGAGCCAUGAGGUUGAAGAAAUUGUCCGUAGAGCAUAGAGACAGGAUUGUGUUGAGGCACAGAUCUGGAGAAGGGUACCAAAACAUUUCUGCAGCAUUGAGGUUACCAAGAACACAGUGGCCUCCAUCAUUCUUAAAUGGAAGAAGUUUGGAAGCACCAAGACUCUUCCCAAAGCUGGCAGCUUGGCCAAACUGAGCAAUCGGGGGAGAAGGGCCUUGGUCAGGGAGGUGCCCAAGAACCCUAUGGUCACUCUGACAGAGCUCUAGAGUUCCUCUGUGAAGAACCUUCCAGAAGGACAACCAUCUCUGCAGCACUCCACCAAUCAAGCCUUUAUGGUAGAGAGGCCAGAUGGAAGCCACUCCUCAGUAAAAGGCACAUGACCGCCCGCUUGGAGUUUGCCAAAGGCACCUAAAGGACUCUCAAACUAUGAGAAACAAGGUCUGAUGAAACCAAGAUUGAACUCUUUGGCCUGAAUGCCAAGCGUCACUUCUGGAGGAAACCUGGCACCAUUCCUACGGUGAAGCAUGGUGGUGGCAGCAUCAUGCUGUGGGGAUGUUUUUCAGCAGCACGGACUGGGAGACUAGUCAUGAUCGAGGCAAAGAUGAAAACCUGCUCCAGAGCACUCAGGACCUCAGACUGGGGCGAAGGAUCACCUUCCAACAGGACAACGACCCUAAGCACACAGCCAAGAUAACGCAGGAGUGGCUUCGGGACAAGUCUCUGAAUGUCCUUGACUGGCCCAGCCAGAGCCCGGACUUGAACCCGAUCGAACAUCUCUGGAGAGACCUGGAAAUAGCUGUGCAGCAACGCUCCCCAUCUAACCUGACAGAGCUUGAGAGGAUCUACAUAGAAGAAUGGGAGAAACUCCCCAAAUACAGGUAUGCCAAGCUUGUAGCAUCAUACCCAAGAUGACUCGAGGCUGUAAUCACUGUCAAAGGUGCUUCAUAAAAAGUACUGCGUAAAGGGUCUGAAAACUUAUGUAAAUGUAAUAUUUCUGUUUUUUACUUUUAAUAAAUUAGCAAAACAUAAAUUCCAACGGUUUGCAGCAGGCAGGUCAGAGUAAUCAUUAACAUUCAGUAGUAAUUACAGUAUGGUAGUAAGUCAUUUAUCUACACUCUUAGAAAAAAGGGUUCCAAAAGGGUUCCUCUGUGAAAAGGGUUCUACCUGGAACCAAAAGGGUUCUAUCUCGAACCAAAAUGGGUUAUUCAAAGGGUUCUCCAAUGGGGACAGCUGAAUAACCCUUUAAGGUUAUAGAUAUCAGAGUGUACACCAGAAUUAUAAGAUUGAUGUCCACAAACAUAUUGCAUUAUUAUUACAUGACUGAAUGAUAUCUGUUAGUGAGAUAAAACAUCUGACCCUAACUUCCAGAUCUAAGUCAGAUGUUUGGGAAAAGGCUAUUUUGGAAAACUCCUGCCAGGACUUUAUCUGUUAUUUGUGAGCUUCUUCCUCCUCCUCCUCCAACAGCCUGACACUCUACGAGGACAGGCUAGGAGCUGGGCUGGAGGCGGGCCAGUUACUCAACACUGGAGACGGGUUUCUCUCCUCCUCGCCUGUCUGCACAGAACAGAGCAGAGGAACUGUGUAGUGUGUAAUUUAAUACCAGACGCAGCCUGACUGAGCCUCUCUGCACACAGAGAGCCCCCUCACAGCCUGAGAGGCAGGCAGGAGAGGCAGGCAGGCUAAGCAGGCAGACUUCCAGGGUCCGGCUCAGCCCUCCAUGACAGGACAAAGAGCAGGGGAUGCAGGACCGACCAGAGCCCUAGUGGAGGACCCAGUGGACCCAUCAGCCUCUCCCUCUCCCUGUGGCCAGGUACCAGAACCUCUCUCUCUCUGUGUGUGUGUUCUGUUUCCUCUGUUACAGUAGUACAGUGACAGUGCUGAAGGCAGCCAGUAGUGUAAUGGAGAUUUACUGUACUAGAAUGGGCAGUAGCAGCACUUUCCAGAAGUGAACAGAACAGCACAGAAUUCUGCACUGUAAGAGGUUUUAGACAUGCAUGCUUGCACUCAUUGCCAAUUGAUUCCUUUUUUUAGGGACAUUUUGCAAUUUAAGCUGUUGCCUUUUUUCUUAAGUGGAAAAUGUAUCUUGCAAGAAGAGAAGUGUAUGUGCACUUGAGGUGUACAUGUCUCUGGCUGCAUUCCAAUGCAAUCACCAUACUCUCUCCCUCUGGGAAUGCUGUGAGGAACAGGGCUCUGGUAAACAUCCCCUGUCACAGUUUCUUUCUUUAGAUAAUAACACUGAGUUCAAGGCUUCAGGGCACUUUCUGAAACACCAGUUUUCUGAAACAGGAGCAACUGAGAGAAAGAGUGUGGUAGAGUAUCAUACUGAAGGUUUUAAUUGUAAAAAAAAUGUAUCCCCUUUUUCUCACGAAUUUCGAUCUUGUCUCAUUGCUGCAAUUCCCCAACGGGCUUGGGAGGCGAAGGUCGAGUCAUGCGUCCUUCGAAACAUGACCCGCCAAACCGCUCUUAACACCCGCCUGCUUAACCCGGAAGCCAGCCGCACCAAUGUAUUGGAGGAAACACCUUUCACCUGACGACCGAGGUCAGCAUGCAGGCCCCCGGCCCACCCCAAGAGCGCGAUGAGCCAAGUAAAGCCCCCCCGGCCAAACCCGGACGACGCUGGGCCAAUUGUGCGUAGCCCUAUGGGGCUCUCGAUCACGGCCAGUUAUGACACAGCCCGGGAUCGAACCCGGGUCUGUAGUGACACCAUUCGGGAGGCCCCAUACUGAAGGUUUUAAAGGAUUAGUGCUCUGUGCUGCAUGUUUCAGUUGGAGUGUUCUCUCUGGGGGUCGGAAUGCGACCCUAAAGCCAAGAGGGGACACACCACAUGAAGCACUGUGUAACUUCAGCAGUGAGGGAAUCAAUUGGCUUGUUUUCUCUUGUUUUUAAGCUCCCUCUCCCUCUUUCUUCACUAUUCUCUGGAAGAGCAAGAAUAACAUGGAGCUUUCAAUGGUCCCUCUGAUAAAUACAAUUUCACAUGUAUUUAUUUUAAAAACUUCCCCCCUGCUUGACUGUGAGAGUGAGUUCAAGUGUUUUAAUUAGUGCUCCAUGCUGUGUAAGUGUUCUCUGAGGAUUGUGCUGUGGGGAACAGAUACAGACUCAGUCUGCCUCCCAAAUGCCCAUAGGGCUCUGGUCAAAAGUAGUGCACUACGUGGGGAAUAGGGUGCCAUUUGGGAUGCAGCCACAGUCUACUCCAGGGCACACUGACUGAACACCUCAGGGAACCUGAAUGGAAACUCAGAUCAGAUCAGGUCACGGUCGGAAUGAGUUUGGUUUGGGCGGCAGCGGGGUGGAGGGGAAAUUAAAAAAGAAUUACUCCUGUACAGAACAGUCCUUGUGUUCUGCACCACUUCCUAAGGGGGUUGAUUUUCCCUCUUUCCAUCCCCAGUGCCCUGUUCUGUGUUAGUGAAGCAUUGAGAGACAGGCUGUGUAGGCAGCCACCGUGCACUGUAUCUGUAAGGCUGGCUGGUGCUGUAAUAAGCCUGUCCACUGGUCCAUCCAGGUCCUGCUAGGGUAACUACCUACAGCGUAGAAUAAACCAACAACGUGGAGUUAACGUUGAGACAACGUGGUUGUGUGUUUGCUGGUCUUGCACAUCAACUGCAUUCCUCAGUUCAUGCACCUUGGUUGGACAGCAUAUGCUUUCCUAGACAGCUCAGCCCACACAGCGUGGUCUGCCUCCUAUUGGUCAGUGUUGUGUGUGUUGUGUUGGAGCCUGUGUGACCCCAGCUGUCUCCGUUAAAUCUAUCAGCAGCAUCACACUGGUUUCUCCAGCCGCCGCUUAGCCCCAGCUCUCUAGCUGUACUGUGCAUUAGUCUCACUCCUCAAGGCCCUCAGAUUGUGUCGGUCGGUUCAUCCGCCCAUUUGCACUUUGACCAGCAUGCCUGAUGUCUGGCUGCUGCUCCAGCUACAGUUGUAUAGCAUCCGAUUAUUACCACAGGGAAACGGUCUGGGAUGGAGGUUGGCCAAUUCAUUACAGUGCAGGCCAUUACAUUACUCACUACUGCUGCUACAUGGUUUUACACAGCUACUCCCUACACUGGACACAUGGGUAGGUGUUACGAACCCCGUGGCUUUAAAAGUCUAGGGUGGAUGGAAAAGAGACCCGUAACAAUUCAUGCAAAUUAGAAUCGUGACAUGGAAACAGUGAGAACAAAAAAUACACCGACAACCAUAAGCUACCAUCAAACAUCACAUUUUUAUUUUGAACACACGGUAAAGGUUUGGGAAAAAGGGCUGAGCAGGACCCAAGGAAUGAAACAAUAAUGUUUAAAAAAACUAAACUGAUCUUGCCUGCCUCAAGAACCACUAAGCUACUGCUAACCAUACAAAAAUACAGUGGGUGGUCCGCUCAGGUCUAACUAGUGUUUUUAGACAAUGUUCUUCCUACGGGUAAUGUAUGCCCAAGGGCAACUUGCUAAAUCCCCCUUUUCCCAGAAACACACAACACAGUACCAUACAGAGUAACCAGCAAAUGAGUGAGUACACAAAAAAAACAGGACACCACAGUAUCCAUACUCACAUACAAAAAUAGUCUCUUCCAACAAACACAACUGACUGGCUUUUAAAACAAUGGGAUGUGUGAUGUGAGUGAAAAACCAGAAACAGGUGAUGCAAUGCAGAGGAAUGUCCACUGAUUGGUCCACCUCAGCAAUCAGCAGACAAACGGAUGUCGGACAGGUGGGACACCCCAACGACCACCAAUCAGGAACACAAAGGACACCUGUGAUUAGGGCAGAAGGAGAGGAAAAACACAAAAGCACACACAGGAUACCUGUAUCCAUAACAGUAGGUAAUUGCAUAGAUUUUUCAGAUUUCAAUUACUGGGGGGGGGGCUUUACUUGGCUCAUUGCGCUGGGUUGGGCACGGAACUGGGCCAGAGCUGGGUAGACGAGGGGGUUGGAGGCCCAAAGCUUCGCCAUGUGCACUCCAUAUUGGAGAGUGUGGGUGUUUACACUGGCAGAGGCACUGCCGGGCGCUAACAGUGCUUACAUAGAGAGAGACUAACUUACAACCAACUGUCUAAAUGGCCCUAGAUGGCAGUCAUCUCAUCAGUAUUAUUUUUUGUGUUAUAAUGGUUUAUUUUCAGGGAGCAGAUUAAAUACCCACAGGUCUCUUGUUUUCAUAUUGUCACUAAGGGAGUGGAUACAGUGGACUGGUGGAUUGAGAUCUCAAAUAAGCUCUCACUAUUGUAGCUUUGCUGCGUGUUAGCGUGCCAGGAUAUACUAUAGGGCAAAGUGCUCUCAGACUGAAGACUUCUCUAAAUUGUGUCUGUAAACUCAAUGUUUACACUACCUCUUCUCCAUCUCUCCCUGUGAAUGGACUGUUCCAUUGUGGAAGGCUGUGUGUGUGUGGGAGGGGGGUGACACAGUUGGAUUGGCUCACUGUAGCAGAAGAUGGGGGUGAUGUUUGGCAGACAUUGUGGCUGAUGCUUCACAUCACACUGGGAACUAAUGAGUCAAUACUGUACAGGCCCAUCGCUGGAGGGGGUGAAAACACACACACACACACACACAGCAAGCAGAGCCAGACACACUGCUACAUCGCGUUGAGCUAGGUUUGUCAAUAUUGCUAAACCACGAAAGUGGAUUAAUAUUUCCUCUGUUUCACUGUACUGCAACCUGGAUUGGACUAAUAAAUACAGUUUAACAUGAGAAAUGACUGUUGUCAUGAGUAAGAUAUUAUUGAGAUGUUUUUCCUGGUAGAAUAGAGUAUUUCCUGGGAACCACAUUUGAAUGGCAUAAAUAUGAAGAACAAAUAUAUACAUGAUCAUUAAGGAUCAAUACAGAGUAUUCAAGGCACAUCAUCAACACUAACCUAUUACACCAGUGAUAAUAAAUUCCAUUCAACUACACACAGCCUUCCCUGAGGGUAAGGUAGUUAGGGAGGUCUUUGCAGCCGUUAUGUUUCUGUGGACGUACACAGACAUGUAAACUUCCUCCUCUUUGAUGAUUGUUUGCAAGGCUUUCAGCCUGGUGCACAGAUGAAUUACUGACGAGAGAGAGAGAGAGAGAGAGAGAGAGAGAGAGAGAGAGAGAGAGAGAGAGAGAGAGAGAGAGAGAGAGAGAGAGAGGAGAGAGAGAGAGAGAGAGAGAGAAGGAGAGAGAGAGAGAGAGAGAGAGAGAGAGAGAGAGAGAGGAGAGAGAGAGAGUUUAAGCCCCACCCUCUUCAACAUAUAUAUUAUAUAACCACUUCAAAGGAAGCGAUUCACAAACCUUCCAUAACAAAGCCUUCACAUACAGAGAGAUGAACUUGGAGAAGAGUCCCCUAAGCAAGCUGGUCCUGGGGCUCUGUUCACAAACACAAACAGAGCCCCAGGACGACAACAACAACAACAACACAAUUAGACCCAACCAAAUCAUGAGAAAACAAAAAGAUAAUUACUUGACACAUUGGAAAGAAUUAACAAAAAAACUGAGCAAACUAGAAUGCUAUUUGGCCCUAAACAGAGAGUACACAGUGGCAGAAUACCUGACCACUGUGACUGACCCAAACUUAAGGAAAGCUUUGACUAUGUACAGACUCAGUGAGCAUAGCCUUGCUAUUGAGAAAGGCCGCCAUAGGCAGACCUGGCUCUCAAGAGAAGACAGGCUAUGUGCACACUGCCAACAAAAUGAGGUGGAAACUGAGCUGCACUUCCUAACCUCCUGCCAAAUGUAUGACCAUAUUAGAGACACAUAUUUCUCUCAGAUUACAGCGAUCCACAAAGAAUUAGAAAACAAACCCAAUUUUGAUAAACUCCCUUAUCUACUGGUUGAAAAACCACAGUGUGCCAUCACAGCAGCAAGAUUUGUGACAUGUUGCCACAAGAAAAGUGCAACCAGUGAAGAACAAACACCAUUGUAAAUACAACCCAUAUUUAUGUUUAUUUAUUUUCCCAUUUGUACUUUAACUAUUUGCACAUUGUUACAACACUGUAUAUAUACAUAAUAUGACAUUUGAAAUGUCUUUAUUCUUUUGGAACUUUGAGUGUAAUGUUUACUGUUAAUAUGUAUUGUUUAUUUCGCUUUUGGGCGGCAGGUAGCUUGGUGGGUAAGAGCGUUGUGCCAGUAACUGAAAGGUCGCUGGUUCUAAUCCCCGAGCCAACAAGGUGAAAAAUCUGUCGAUGUGCCCUUAAGCAAGGCACUUAACCCUAAUUGCUCCUGUAAGUUGCUCUGGAUAAGAGUGUCUGCUAAAUGACUAAAAUGUAAAUGUUUACUAUCUACUUCACUUGCUUUGGCAAUGUUAACAUACGUUUCCCAUGCCGAGAGAGAGAGAAAAAAAACACAAACAAAGACUGUAUAAAAGAGCAGACCGCCACCAGGUUUCAGUUAGGAGGAGAGGAAGACAGAGGAGAGGAGAGAAAACUGAGGAACAAAGGAAAUGGGUCACUGUUCUUUGACUGUGUUUUAACCAUCUCUCUGUUUGAUAGACUAUCAUAUAACAUAAUAUGUAUGUUCCUCUCCAUCAUUCCUCUUCUCCCUUUCUUCCUCUCUAUCUCAUCCUAUCCCUCUCCUCUCGGACAACGAACUCUCCACCUCUCUCUCUCUCUCUCUCUCUCUCUCUCUCUCUCUCUCUCUCUCACAGCUGUCAGCCUUCCCUGACACAGCAGAAACCCAAGGCCAUCUCUGAUUACACACAGGCAUCCCUCUCCUCCUCCUCCCUCCCUCUUCUUCCAGUCUUGCCACUCCACCGUCUUCCCAGAGGUAUCGUUGGAGCUCCCAGGAUGCGGCUGCUCAGCGCUCUGCUGCUCCUCCUGCUCCUCAGUUCUGCUGAGCCCAGGAAGGGUGGACGGAACAGAGACCGGGGCAUGGCCCGGGGUAAAGGCAGAGCCAAUGCUGUCAAACGUCAAACCUCUGAAUGCAAGGAAUACAUGGAGGCUGGAGAGAAAUACCUGGACUGUCAGGACCGCCAGCUGACCGGGGUGCAACAGCACUGGCCUGAAGACAUCCACCACCUCCUGCUGGCCCGCAACAAGAUCCAGGUGCUCAGAGACAACACCUUCUCCCAGUUCAAGAUCCUAAAGAGUCUGGAUCUACAACAGAAUGAGAUCUACAUGGUGGAGGAGGGGGCGUUCGCAGGGCUGGGCCAGCUCACUACUCUGCUUCUUCAGCAUAACAAGAUGAAGACAGCUUCUGAGGAGCACCUGCUCCCCUUGCCAAGCCUCCGCUACCUGCGUCUCUAUGAUAACCCCUGGGACUGCCGGUGCUCGCUGGAUAGCCUGGUCAGGACCCUGCAGGUGCCCAGCAACCGUAACCUAGGGAACUACGCCAAGUGUUCUGAGCCGGACGCUCUGAGAGGUCAGAAGCUGAAGAAGAUGAGGCCGGAGCUGGUGUGUCCUGAGGAUGGGGAGGGCCAGCAGCCAGGGCAGAAACCUCAGGAGGGGCAGGAUAGUCUGCCCAAACCCCCUCCCAUCAAGAAGCACCCUGAUGCCAACUCCUUGUGCCACACCUACAUGUUCCCCAAACCCAUGCUGGACUGCAAGAGCAAAGGUAAGCUAUGAGCCAACCUAGCUUGUCUUCCUUUCAUUUGUUUGUGUAAUUUGUGUGAAGAAUUUCCUCCUUGGAGGACAAUGAAGUGUUGUAUUCUGGUCUUUCAGAAGACUGGAGUGAGUUAUUAGGGUUCUCAGGGCCAUGGGUUCAUGGACCCAGAUGAAUCUCUACUGAAAUGACUUUUUAGUCCAGGAAUAGGACUAGUAUGGGUCAGGGAAACCGGCCCUCCAUGUACGAGUCACAUGUCCAUCUGAAAUAUCUGGCCAUUGUUCACUGCACAUGAUUGUUGUGAGGCCUUUUGCAACAGUGUGGAGGAGAGGCUGGCUGUUAGAUACUCCAGAGCUGUGGUUGAUAAUGACUACUUUCUAAAUGUGUUCUCUAUCAUUUCCCUGAAUCAGCAUGUGGUACGUAACGUGACGCACAAAGGGACCAAGGGAAAAUAUGGAGUCUCAUUUCUGUCUCCUGUCCAGACUCUCACAUCUGGUGCCGUUUCUGUGGAACUAUGUAUAACUGCCACAUUAAAACUGCUAUCAGGACUAUAACUUCUAUAAAGAUUACGUUUCAUUAUUGUAUUUCAAAUAGCCGUUAGGCCAAGACCCAUGGGACUGACUACAAAUCCUGCAUGGAGUCCAUGCUGUGUGGGGACUGCUUUUGUGUUUGAGCUCCAAAAUACAACUUGGAAUAUGUGCAUGGUCCUGAAUGGUCCCUUCAUAAUGAUUCAGUGUAGAAGUGGCAGUAUGGUCCUGAAUGGUCCCUUCAUAAUGAUUCAGUGUAGAAGUGGCAGUAUGGUCCUGAAUGGUCCCUUCAUAAUGAUUCAGUGUAGAAGUGGCAGUAUGGUCCUGAAUGGUCCCUUCAUAAUGAUUCAGUGUAGAAGUGGCAGUAUGGUCCUGAAUGGUCCCUUCAUAAUGAUUCAGUGUAGAAGUGGCAGUAUGGUCCUGAAUGGUCCCUUCAUAAUGAUUCAGUGUAGAAGUGGCAGUAUGGUCCUGAAUGGUCCCUUCAUAAUGAUUCAGUGUAGAAGUGGCAGUAUGGUCCUGAAUGGUCCUUCAUAAUGAUUCAGUGUAGAAGUGGCAGUAUGGUCCUGAAUGGUCCCUUCAUAAUGAUUCAGUGUAGAAGUGGCAGUAUGGUCCUGAAUGGUCCCUUCAUAAUGAUUCAGUGUAGAAGUGGCAGUAUGGUCAUGAAUGGUCCCUUCAUAAUGAUUCAGUGUAGAAGUGGCAGUAUGGUCCAUGAAUGGUCCCUUCAUAAUGAUUCAGUGUAGAAGUGGCAGUAUGGUCAUGAAUGGUCCCUUCAUAAUGAUUCAGUGUAGAAGUGGCAGUAUGGUCAUGAAUGGUCCCUUCAUAAUGAUUCAGUGUAGAAGUGGCAGUAUGGUCAUGAAUGGUCCCUUCAUAAUGAUUCAGUGUAGAAGUGGCAGUAAUGGUCAUGAAUGGUCCCUUCAUAAUGAUUCAGUGUAGAAGUGGCAGUAUGGUCCUGAAUGGUCCCUUCAUAAUGAUUCAGUGUAGAAGUGGCAGUAUGGUCAUGAAUGGUCCCUUCAUAAUGAUUCAGUGUAGAAGUGGCAGUAUGGUCCUGAAUGGUCCCUUCAUAAUGAUUCAGUGUAGAAGUGGCAGUAUGGUCAUGAAUGGUCCCUUCAUACUUAUUUAUUGUAGAUGUGGCAGCACUCUGAUCUAUUGUUCUACUGUAUAUUUAUGAAAUGUCACAGUGAGCUGGCCCUUUGAUCAAGAUGAUGAAUGACAGUCAUAUAAUGAUAUACUGUCCCUAUCCUGUCCCCAGAAAGCCAUUUAUCAGAGUGCAGUUAAACAUGCAAGAAGCAGCAACACUGGUCUAUCUGUAUUCUACUGUCGCUAUAUAAAAGAUCCCCAUGUUCAGCUGGGUGAAACUAUUUCCCUUCCCCUCUGGAAAAGUUUUCAAUCAAUCCUUUAUCUGAACCUCAGUAGAUAAUCUCACUGGUCAUAGUCUGUCCCCAUCCCUCCCUCCCUCUCUCCCUCUUUCCUCUCACUCUUACUCUCACUUUCUCUCUCUCUCUCCUCCUCUCAUCCUCUCUCUCUCUCCUCUCUCUCUCUCUCUCCUCUCUCUCUCUCUCUCUCUCUCUCUCUCUCUCCUCACUCACACUCUCACUCUCACUCUCUCUCACUCUCACUCUUUCCCUCUCUCUCGCUCUCUCGCUCUCCCUCAUCUCUAUCUCUCCCUACUCUCUCUCCCUUUCUCUCCUCUCUCUCUCUCUCUCCCGAUCUCUCUUGCUCUCCCUCCCUCAUCUAUCUAUCUCUCUCUCUCUCCCUCAUCUCUCUCUCUCCCGCUCUCUAUCGCUCUCCCUCCCUCAUCUCUCUCUUUCUCUGUUUCUCUCACUCUCUCUCCAUCCCUCUCUCAUAUGUGAGUUCCAGUGAAUUCAGAGCCUUUUCUCAUCCUGUCUCCAGGGAUCUGAUGGUAAUAUACUGUAUCACUAAUUACUGAAACAAAGUCUCAUUUGUAAACACUGGAUAUGCCCCUACAAUACACUACAGAACUGCUUGGGAGCAAGACAGAACGUAUCCAAACACAAACACAGAAUCUGUGUGGUGAAAGUGUAGGCUACAUACAUGAUAUAUGUGAGAAUAUGUGAGAGUACACGUACUUUUUAGAUAAAUGUUGUCCAGACCUCACAGUCAGACACUGAGAGAAACCUUUUCAAACAAGUCAUAAGCCUGAAAGAUUAUGCCUGGUUUAGUCCUGCUCUAUAGCUAGCAGAAAAGUUGAGUCAGCAUAUGGCGAGUUGGCCUGCAUCUCGUCUCUGUAAAGGAAAACCUCCUCUUGUGGCAUUAUAUCAUGGUUUCUUGGAUUUCCUGUAUAACCGACGGUCGGGUAUAUUGUCAGCAGACAAGUUGAAUCUCAUUAAUACACAUUCUGGGGGAGUCAUGAUGUGUAGCAGAGAGGGAGUAAUAUUCUGCUGGUAGUCUUCUCUCCUCCACAGCAGGAUUGAUUUUCUUUGAUAUACAGGCAUGUUUGGCACCUUACUCUGUAAAAGCAGCACUGUGCAUUUACAACCUAAAUGUAUGGCUAUAUACGUUUAGUUUCCUCCUGUCUGUAAACGACAUGUGAUUUUAAUAAACUAUAUCAGGGUUGGGCAACUGGCCACGGCCCCCCCUUUUGUUGGCCCGCGGAACAAUUACCCCCAAAAAAGUCUAAUAAACGUACUGUUGAGAGUGGUUGUUAUGUCAGUCACUGACAGCUACAUUUGUUUAGAUUGGUAAGUUAGUCUAGCGGCCAGCUAUCUAAACUUGUAGUAAUCAUGGUCGAAUUACCGACCGGGGGGGCCCCAUUGAUUUUGAUAGUCAGUCUCAUUUAGAUUUCAUAUUAAAAACUGCAAACAUUUCUCUCCACCCUAUGGCAAAAUGUGUAGAAUUGCAGGAAAUUAGCUGUAAAACUGCAAAUUUUUCUCUUCGCCCCUUGGCAAAAUGAGUAGAAUUGCAUGAUUUUUUAAAAUAAAAUUGCUAAAUCUUCUCUCCGCCCCAUGACAAAAUUUCACUUAGGGCCCCCAAAAGGCCCCGGCUCUGACUGCCUGAGUGGGUAUGGAUUUGGGUACGCAGACCCCCGAGCCACUGUGGCCCCUCAUGAUGAGUUCAGAUUCUUUGUGGCCCCACCCCCAUCAAAGUUGCCCACCCCUGAACUAUGACAUGAUUUAGUCCUGCACAGUUCGAACACUGAAAGUCCAUGUACAUCACAUGGAUUCCUAGACAAUCGGUCGUCUUCUCAUGCAGCAUCAUUAGCAGCAGGUAUUGGAUAAAUUAGACUGAGGGUUGAUGCUCUCCUGAUGAGCGUAGAAAUGUCAAAAACAGAAGCUGAUCCAAAAACUGUUAUGCAUGAACGACCUUGACUUCUCCCAACGUCCCAACCAUCUGCAUGUUUCCCCACUCAGUGCUGUAGUUUGAACUAAAGCAUAUCACAGGUGUUGUGAGGCAGGGGUUUGAUAUAUAAGGGAAGAGGGAACAUCUCUGGAUGCGUCCCAAACGGCACCCUAUUCCCCUAUAUAGUGCACUACUUUUAACCAGAGCCCUACCAGGGCCCAUAGGGCUCUGGUCAAAAGUAGUGCACUAUAUAGAGAAUAGGAUGUCAUCGGGAACGCUAACUUCUGUCUCUGUUGUGCUGUUGUGAAUGCUCCAGCAGCAGCCCCAUCUACAAGCCAAGGAGGGCUAAUCUCAUUUCCUUACGGUGGAGAAUGAUGGAUGUCGUAUGCUGUUAUGAUAUUUGAGCAGCUGUCUGCCGUAAAGGUCUGUAAUAGUUCCUUCAGCUGAAUGAUACAUGAACCAUGCUCAGGAUGUGGCCUACUGGAAGCAGUCCAAGACUGUACAUGGAGUUUGACAAACACAAAAGGUCCUGCGUCGUUCAUGAAAUAAACAAUGAUGGUUUUCCACCCCACCACAGCGAUGUUCCUUCUCAGCUAAGCAUUUUAGUUUUACAGCUAACUCCUUUCAUUGUGAACAUGACUUGGAAAACCGGUUCCAAAGACAUCAUUCAUUAUGAAGUGUUAAUACAAGUUGUAUGCAUUUUAGGGACCACCUACUUAGUCUUUAUGUUAAACUAUACAUUGAGAACAAUGGCUCUUGCAGAUGUUUUCCUUCUAUGGUAAAGGCUGCUGGCGAUCACAAUAAAAGAGAGAAGCUCUCUCAGAGGCCUUCUAAGCCUGUGGGAAACCCUGUUUCAUAUGUUAGCCUUCAUGUUUCAUACCCUUCAAAGGCUAAGGGAACCCAGAGUGCUGUGAAUAACAGUCCUGCUUGGCACAGACCUACAACAUGGCUACAGAGUGACUAUAGAAAGGGGACCAUCUUGAUAUUCUUAGGGCACACUUGGAAAUCACAUAUGUAGGAAUCCACAUUUCAGUCACUCUGGCGAUCAAAAAGUAUGCAUUGGGUUAAAAAAUUAACUUAUGCCCAAAAGUUCCUUGUGUGUCCGCUUAUGUUUUCGUUCAUGUUUUCAUGCAGUAUGAAAGCUAGUUGAUUUUGCCAUUGUAAACAUGUCUGGUUAAGCCAUUGUCCUCUCACUGACCUCCAUAUUCUCUCUCUCUUUCUCCCCCCUCUCUCCCCCCCUCUCUCCAGAGCUGAAGAACAUACCCUCAGGCCUCCCGUCAGACAUUGUGAGGAUGGACUUGUCCAGUAACAGCAUCACUCAGCUCCGGCCCAAGGAUUUUGUUGCUGCCAGGGACCUGAAGCUCCUCAACCUCAGCAGCAACAGUCUGGAUCAGAUCGACACAGGUGAGAAGAGAUCAUCCACUUCCUUCCAACAGCACACUCCUUAUGGAUGUGUUCCAAGUCAUGCUGCACAGAUGAUCAGAUCCAGAAGAAGACGUAUUUAAUAAGAUAAAGCAAUCCUUUUUUUUUUUUGGGAAGUGUGAUUUACAGUAGUGAGUGCAUACAUUUUCUUACUGGUUCCCAAUGGAAAUCGAGCCCACACUGGACCUUCAAAGAAAGAGGUCAAAAUAGGAAUCAGAUGAGAACCUUGACCUUGAGUCCAUUCAUCGCAAAAUGGAGGCAGAGCUUUAUUUCAUCCUGAAAUAGAAUCCUUAGAGUCCCUGGGGUAAUGUGGGAAAAGAUGCAGAAAAAAAGACUAAUCAAAAACUCACAUACUUUAUCUACCAUACCAGACAGCGUUGAGUUUGGAUCAAUUCUACACAUCCAUAGAAAUCCUUAACGCUCAUUAGCUUCUCACGCGGUUUAAUCUGACUUGUUAAAGGAGCCUACGAUGCCGUAAACAUACUACAUCUCGUUUGUAGAACUAACAAGGUUCUCUAUUUGCCGAGGAAUCACUACACUACCUUCUAGUUCUGUUACGUUGGAGAACUGGAAGAAAAAACCCGCUAUAUCAUUAUUCCUAGGCUAACAAGAACUGGUCACACAGCCAGGAAGCUUCGCCAAGGAAGGAAAAUCAUUCCCUUAUCAUUCAUUAUUGCAGAACAUAUGUAAGCAAUUGACAUUGAGUUGUUACUGAGCAAUAAAUGGUGGUUAAUUCUGACCCACUAUGACAACCAGUACUGUACACACCAGUGGCGAUUUUAGCAUGUAAAUCUUGGUGGGGCAACAAAAACAAAAUAUGUGGGAUGCAUGCCAGCAAAGCCACUACACAACACAACACUAAACAAUACAUUAAUUGCACUAUAACGGUGACAAACGGUGCCCACAAACUGUUAGGGCCUACAUAAACCUGUCCCAAUAGCAGUCCCAACACCUUACCAUUGCUACACCUGGCUAUCAGCGGAGCAUAGCUGAUAUGGCUGACUUGCUUAAACAAAUGUGGUUUCUACUGACAAUUGAGAUGUACAAACUAUGGCAUAAGGGGACGACAAGCGGAUAAGAGGCAAUCCGUCAUUUUGAUUAAGACGUUAUUAAUGAGCGAGCCAGGACGGAGGUAGUCAAUAUAACUAUUUGUUCAGCACUUUUGAAAUGUACAGCGACAGAAUUCAGAACAUGGGCCGUUCUUACAGUGUUCUCCCUGUGCAUCAAGUCAGAACAGUAGGAUAAAUAAAGGGGGCAUAUAAGCAGACAAUGAAAGCUCUUACAAUAUUUGAUGAUUACAUUUCUCAAAAACAGGUUAUAGGCUACAUGUGCACCACUGAGUCAGAACAGUAGGUGAAAUUAAGAGGUGAAAAUUAACCAAAUUAUUAUGGUGAGGCACAUGGGCUACUAACAGCUUACUACACAACAUACACUUAGUAUUACUUUCUUAGCUACAGUAUACAUAUCUCCCUGGCAUAUUACAUCAUUCAUGCAGCAGCAUAUAAGACAUUUUGGGACGUUGUUGUGAUGUGCUCACUUGAACAGGAAGGUGGCGCGACGGUCCUUCGUGGGCAAGUUUUGUCAUCAAAGAAAGAGAAAGAGGACGGAUUUACAAUUCCGAGUUGGAUGACCGUUCAAAACGUAUUUUCCCAGUCUGAGCUCGUUUAUUCCCGAUUUACCAGUUGCAACGCUUGCAGUUAGCCACUGUCACCGAUUUCUUCCAAACCACUCAUUGUUGAAUUUGCGAUUUCUAACUUGUAGUGCAAUGUCCAAUGGCCGAUGAGCACCAAUACACCAAUAUAAUUAUCUUCAUUAUUUCUCUUCAUAUGACAAGGAUUAAAAAGGAUUUGCCAGUAGAUUGUCGACUUCAUUCAUGAUGAUGACUGCUAGCUAAGAUUUUGAAAGUAAGAUGUUGACAUGAUCAGUCCAAUCAAAGCUACUGUACAUAUACGGUGAUUUGACGUCAUUUUAUCUGUGGCCAAUGACAUUGAGCCUUCGCACUUCUAAUGUAACUCUAUGGCAGGACCCGAAGGGCUAGAAUUUUCGAUGUCUACCCUUACUAAGGACUUAGACUUGGAGGUGAUGUAGUGUCCCCAUGAGUGACAGAACACUGAGCCAAUCACGGCGCAAUGCUCCUAUUUUCUGCUGGCUUGCCCCACCACCACAGAAAGCACUGCGCUAAGCUGAAACACCUGCAUUUUGGAGCUGCUUUACUCAAGAAAACAAAAAAGAGACCAUGUUUGUAUGCGGCUUUAUUAACUCAAUUAUAUAAAACAUUUUUACAUUGUUUGCAAACUGAUUUGUGACACGUAUUAAUGCCAAAAUAACAUGCAAAACAGGCAAGCCCCAAAAAAUUGAAAAUAAAUAAAUAUAUAUAUAUAUUUAUAUAUCUUUUUUUUUCUUUGGUAAAAAUGUGGGGUUCAAAACAGGUGGGGACCUGCCCUGAAUGACGGGUUGCCACUGAUACACACACAGUCAUGAUUGAGGAGAAAUAAAUUAAAUAGCCUGUUAUGGAUAAAAGGCCAAUCCGUUCUGGAGAGAGAAAGCAACUGCAAAUUGAACACAAUCCACAAUAAAUAUUCACAAAUUGCUCCCUCAGUUUUCUCAGCGACUGUGAGAAGCUAAGCUCUGUGGCAAGCCCAAACUGGUCUCAAAAAUAGACCAGAAUUGUGGUCUCAUUGAGUUGCACAAACAAACCAGUAGAAACCGGACAGUAAUUCUCAUGAGUAUGAUAAUAGCAUAAUCUGAGGAGGUUUGUGGGAGUGGUGACAAGAGGGUCACUCUGGAGACAGUGCUAAAUACAGUAGGCCUAUCUAUCUUUGAGUUUGAGUUUAUUUUUACAGGGACAGUGCACAUUAAUCAACGUUUCAGUAAAAGUGCCGGUUUUAGCCAGCCGGCUAAUUUUCAACCGCAGUCCCUGGGCAGGUUAUUAAAAACAAUUACAAUAUAGACAAUAACAACAUAGAACAAGACAUAGCAUACAGACAUAGCAACAUAGGACAAACAAGACGUAGCAUACAGACCGAGCAACAUAGAACAAAAAGCAGCAAGACAAAAUUCAUAAAAGCAACAAAGUGUUUCCACACCUCACAAGUUACAGACAACAGACAUGGAAAGCGGCAACACACAGCUAGGGACCAUGUUCACAAAUCUGAUUGACCUUUAGCCAUGUCUUCAAGCAUUUUGUGAAAGUGUGAUAUGUGGUGCAGUUAUGUGUGUCUGAUGGCAGUGUAUUCCAGACAUGGGAAGCUCUCACAGAAAAAGCGGAUUUACUAAAGGUGCUUUUCCUUAGGGGAACUACACAGUCACCUCUCAUGGCAGACCUUGUGGAUCUGCUGCCAUAUGUUUGGGUUUUCUGUUUAACAAAAAUACUGAGUGGAGGGGGAGCCAAGCCAUUUAGGAUCUUGAAUACAAGACAUGCAUCGGUGUAUUGCACAAGAUUUUCCCAACUCAGGAGCUCAUGCUUUCUAAGGAUGUGACAGUGAUGAUGGCUAUUGGGCUUCCUAUCAAGCACUUUGAGAGCCUGUUUGUAGACAGACUGAAUAGGUCUUACUGUUGUACAGCAAGCUUGGGCCCAACUAGUCAAGCAGUAUGUUAAGUGGGGGAGUAUCAUAGAUUUGAAGUACAGUUUUGCUACCUCUGUAGUCAAACAAUUUCGUAUAAAUCGGAAAUUAGCUAGGUUGAAUUUGGUUAUUUGAAUUACCUUUUUCACAUGCUUUUUAAAAGAGAGGUUGGAAUCAAGUAUGAUGCCAAGGUACUUAAAAUCAGAUACUCCCUGGAGCUUCUCCCCUGACACAUAGACUUCUGGCUCAGUAGCAUCUGUUGCCCCCUUUGUGAAGAACAUGCAAACAGUUUUUUUCACAUUGAGAUGCAAACACGAGUCACCUUUAUGGUGCUAGCCAGCAUGAAGCACACACAGCCACCAUUACUCAGGGCUACACUGCAGGACACACAUCUUAAAGAUGUCAGCCCAACUAUUAGGCACAUCAACAGUCUAACUUCAGCUUGAAUUAGAGCUGAGAGUAGGUGAUGGGGAGAGCACUGGUCAAAGUUAAUAUCAGCAUGUGUUUGAAGACGAGGUGCUGAAAAAACAGUCAGAAAUUAGUUAUGGAAGCUGUUACUCUUUCUCCUGUUACAGCAGAACAUUAGUUCCAGGUAAUACUUCAGCAUUCAUGUCCAUUAGUGGAAAUUAGUUCCACUGAAACUUUCCACUGAGUGCUACUGUACAGUCGUGGUCAAAUGUUUUGAGAAUGACACAAAUAUUAAUUUUCACAAAAGUCUGCUGCCUCAGUUUUUGUGAUGGCAAUUUGCAUAUACUCCAGAAUGUUAUGAAGAGUGAUCAGAUGAAUUGCAAUUAAUUGCAAAGUCCCUCUUUGCCAUGAAAAUUAACUUCAUCCCCAAAAAACAUUUCCACUGCAUUUCAGCCCUGCCACAAAAGGACCAGCUGACAUCAUGUCAGUGAUUAUCUCGUUAACACAGGUGAGAGUGUUGACGAGGACAAGGCUGGAGAUCACUCUGUCAUGCUGAUUGAGGUAGAAUAACAGACUGGAAGCUUUAAAAGGAGGGUGGUGUUUGAAAUCAAGGAAACACGUGCCGUCAUCAUUGCUUUGCACAAAAAGGGCUUCACAGGCAAGGAUAUUGCUGCUAGUAAGAUUGCACCUAAAUCAACCAUUUAUCGGAUCAUCAAGAACUUCAAGGAGAGAGGUUCAAUUGCUGUGAAGAAGGCUUCAGGGCGCCCAAGAAAGUCCAGCAAGCGCCAGGACCGUCUCCUAAAGUUGAUUCAGCUGCGGGAUCGGGGCACCACCAGUGCAGAGCUUGCUCAGGAAUGGCAGCAGGCAGGUGUGAGUGCAUCUGCAUGCACAGUGAGGCGAAGACUUUUGGAGGAUGGCCUGGUGUCAAGAAGGGCAGCGAGGAAGCCACUUCUCUCCAGGAAAAACAUCAGGGACAGACUGAUAUUCUGCAAAAGGUACAGGGAUUGGACUGCUGAGGACUGGGGUAAUGUCAUUUUCUCUGAUGAAUCCUCUUUCCGAUUGUUUGGGGCAUCCGGAAAACACCUUGUCCGGAGAAGACAAGGUGAGCGCUACCAUCAGUCCUGUGUCAUGCCAACAGUAAAGCAUCCUGAGACCAUUCAUGUGUGGGGUUGCUUCUCAGCCAAGGGAGUUGGCUCACUCACAAUUUUUCCUAAGAACACAGCCAUGAAUAAAGAAUGGUACCAACACAUCCUCAGAGAGCAAGUUCUCCCAACCAUCCAAGAACAGUUUGGUGACGAACAGUGCCUUUUCCAGCAUGAUGGAGCACCUUGCCAUAAGGCAAAAGUGAUAACUGAUUGGCUCUGGGAACAAAACAUCGACAUUUUGGGUCCAUGGCCAGGAAACUCCCCAGACCUUAAUCCCAUUGAGAACUUGUGGUCAAUCCUCAAGAGGCGGGUGGACAAACAAAAACCCACAAAUUCUGACAAACUCCAAGCAUUGAUUAUGCAAGAAUGGUCUUGAAAAAGAAGGGUCAACACUGCAAAUAUUGACUCUUUGCAUAAACUUAAUGUAAUUGUCAAUAAAAGCCUUUGACACUUAUGGAAUGCUUGUAAUUAUACUUCAGUAGACCAUAGUAACAUCUAACAAAAAUAUCUAAAAACAAUGAAGCAGCAAACUUUGUGAAGACCAAUACUUGUGUCAUUCUCAAAACUUUUGACCACGACUGUAUAAGAUUAAUUGAAGUAGCAACUGAACAACGUCCUCUCUCCUUGUACCCCUCUUCAGCUGCAUCCACUGGGCUCCUGUACCUGUCCAGUAGGAAUGACUUCCACUGGGCUCCUGUACCUGUCCAGUAGGAAUGACUUCCACUGGGCUCCUGUACCUGUCCAGUAGGAAUGACUUCCACUGGGCUCCUGUACCUGUCCAGUAGGAAUGACUUCCACUGGGCUCCUGUACCUGUCCAGUAGGAAUGACUUCCACUGGGCUCCUGUACCUGUCCAGUAGGAAUGACUUCCACUGGGCUCCUGUACCUGUCCAGUAGGAAUGACUUCCACUGGGCUCCUGUACCUGUCCAGUAGGAAUGACUUCCACUGGGCUCCUGUACCUGUCCAGUAGGAAUGACUUCCACUGGGCUCCUGUACCUGUCCAGUAGGAAUGACUUCCACUGGGCUCCUGUACCUGUCCAGUAGGAAUGACUUCCACUGGGCUCCUGUACCUGUCCAGUAGGAAUGACUUCCACUGGGCUCCUGUACCUGUCCAGUAGGAAUGACUUCCACUGGGCUCCUGUACCUGUCCAGUAGGAAUGACUUCCACUGGGCUCCUGUACCUGUCCAGUAGGAAUUACUUCCACUGGGCUCCUGUACCUGUCCAGUAGGAAUGACUUCCACUGGGCUCCUGUACCUGUCCAGUAGGAAUGACUUCCACUGGGCUCCUGUACCUGUCCAGUAGGAAUGACUUCCACUGGGCUCCUGUACCUGUCCAGUAGGAAUGACUUCCACUGGGCUCCUGUACCUGUCCAGUAGGAAUGACUUCCACUGGGCUCCUGUACCUGUCCAGUAGGAAUGACUUCCACUGGGCUCCUGUACCUGUCCAGUAGGAAUGACUUCCACUGGGCUCCUGUACCUGUCCAGUAGGAAUGACUUCCACUGGGCUCCUGUACCUGUCCAGUAGGAAUUACUUCCACUGAGACUUUUUUUUUUUUUUUUUUUUUUUAGGGGGUAGAUCAGCUUUAAUAUUGCAGAUAGAUUGUAACUUCCAUCAAUGUAAUUGUCUGCAUUACUUCCAAUCCCCAUAUGUUUUUUUUCUUUUUUCCGCGCAUAUAUAUACAGUGGGGGAAAAAAGUAUUUAGUCAGCCACCAAUUGUGCAAGUUCUCCCACUUAAAAAGGCCUGUAAUUUUCAUCAUAGGUACACGUCAACUAUGACAGACAAAUUGAGGAAAAAAAAUCCAGAAAAUCACAUUGUAGGAUUUUUAAUGAAUUUAUUUGCAAAUUAUGGUGGAAAAUAAGUAUUUGGUCACCUACAAACAAGCAAGAUUUCUGGCUCUCACAGACCUGUAACUUCUUCUUUAAGAGGCUCCUCUGUCCUCCACUCGUUACCUGUAUUAAUGGCACCUGUUUGAACUUGUUAUCAGUAUAAAAGACACCUGUCCACAACCUCAAACAGUGACACUCCAAACUCCACUAUGGCCAAGACCAAAGAGCUGUCAAAGGACACCAGAAACAAAAUUGUAGACCUGCACCAGGCUGGGAAGACUGAAUCUGCAAUAGGUAAGCAGCUUGGUUUGAAGAAAUCAACUGUGGGAGCAAUUAUUAGGAAAUGGAAGACAUACAAGACCACUGAUAAUCUCCCUCGAUCUGGGGCUCCACGCAAGAUCUCAUCCCGUGGGGUCAAAAUGAUCACAAGAACGGUGAGCAAAAAUCCCAGAACCACACGGGGGGACCUAGUGAAUGACCUGCAGAGAGCUAGGACCAAAGUAACAAAGCCUACCAUCAGUAACACACUACGCCGCCAGGGACUCAAAUCCUGCAGUGCCAGACGUGUCCCCCUGCUUAAGCCAGUACAUGUCCAGGCCCGUCUGAAGUUUGCUAGAGUGCAUUUGGAUGAUCCAGAAGAGGAUUGGGAGAAUGUCAUAUGGUCAGAUGAAACCAAAAUAGAACUUUUUGGUAAAAACUCAACUCGUCGUGUUUGGAGGACAAAGAAUGCUGAGUUGCAUCCAAAGAACACCAUACCUACUGUGAAGCAUGGGGGUGGAAACAUCAUUCUUUGGGGCUGUUUUUCUGCAAAGGGACCAGGACGACUGAUCCGUGUAAAGGAAAGAAUGAAUGGAGCCAUGUAUCGUGAGAUUUUGAGUGAAAACCUCCUUCCAUCAGCAAGGGCAUUGAAGAUGAAACGUGGCUGGGUCUUUCAGCAUGACAAUGAUCCCAAACACACCGCCCGGGCAACGAAGGAGUGGCUUCGUAAGAAGCAUUUCAAGGUCCUGGAGUGGCCUAGCCAGUCUCCAGAUCUCAACCCCAUAGAAAAUAUUUGGAGGAAGUUGAAAGUCUGUGUUGCCCAGCGACAGCCCCAAAACAUAAUUGCUCUAGAGGAGAUCUGCAUGGAGGAAUGGGCCAAAAUACCAGCAACAGUGUGUGAAAACCUUGUGAAGACUUACAGAAAACGUUUGACCUGUGUCAUUGCCGACAAAGGGUAUAUGAAAAAGUAUUGAGAAACUUUUGUUAUUGACCAAAUACUUAUUUUCCACCAUAAUUUGCAAAUAAAUUCAUUAAAAAUCCUACAAUGUGAUUUUCUGGAUUUUUUUUUCUCAUUUUGUCUGUCAUAGUUGAUGUGUACUUAUGAUGAAAAUUACAGGCCUCUCUCAUCUUUUUAAGUGGGAGAACUUGCACAAUUGGUGGCUGACUAAAUACUUUUUUUCCCCACUGUAUAUAUAUAUAUAUACACAUACAUACAUAUACGCAUAUACAUACAUAUAUAUACAUACAUAUCCUUUAAAAAUAUAUAUAUUUCCCUUUAUUACUUUCCAACCCCACCAUCCCUUCCCUAAUUGGAGUAAACUAGUGAACAACAAUGCUUAGGCCUCUACUUCAUGCUUAUACAUACUAUAUACAUUUUAUGGACACAGUCAAUAAUUAUAUUUGUUUGUUUUUACUCCUGAACUUCCUCCGAUAAUUUUCAUGAUGUCCAUCUGGUAUGCUUCUAUAUGCCAUAUCUUUCUAACUGUGCUCUUUCACAAAGCUCACAAUAUAUAACCUAUAUGCUUAUUAUGGACACAGCAUGUCUUACACUAGUUAUCUUGUUGUUAUUAGUUGUUGUUAUUAGUCCCAUCCUUCAGCUCCAUUCAACACCUCCCAUCUAUCUCUUAACACCAUCCACAUUGGAUUUCUAUUUGCCAUAUAUUUUUCAACUGUACUGUGAUGUCCACUGAGACUUCUGCUACAAGAUGAAUUGAAAUACCCUGUCCCUCUAACCCCUACCAUCCUGCAUUUCUCCCCCUCUCCAUAGCUGCGUUUGCUGGGCUCCUGUACCUGCGGGAGCUGGACCUGUCCAACAACAGCCUGCACUACUUCCAGUACGGAGUGUUGGAGGACCUGUACUUCCUCAGGAUGCUGAAUCUGGGGGAUAACCCCUGGGUCUGUGACUACAAUAUCCACUACCUGAUCUACUGGCUGAAGCACCACCCCAGGGUGGCCUACUCUGGCCUAGUCUGCACCGAGCCUCAGGAGUUCAGGGGCUGGCUCGUGGAGAAUUAUGUCAAGACCUACAACGGAGAGUGUCCCAAGGAUAAGGAUCCACAGCCAGGGAAGGGUGAUACGGGACAGGGACAGACAGGUACGGGUACAGGGACAGCUCAGGAGCUAGUGGCCGAGACAGAGGAGGAGAUCGAGCUGCUACCGAAGCCUCUGAGAGACCCCAGACCAAAGAAAUAUGAGGUCACCAGGUUGAGUUAAUAGGAUAGAGUUGAAAAUUACACGAGAACUGUUGUUGUUGUUGUUGUU